CAACACAAGGCGUAUGGCCUACGUCCCUACGCACAAACGGCACACGCACCUCCCUCCCGGGCCAGCGUACGCGCCUCCCGACCUCGACCCGACACGACCCAUGAGCGAGGGCGGCUCGCCGCGGCCCGCGAAGCGGCGGAGGGAGCACGACGGCCCGGGCCCGGGCUCGGGCGCCGGCGCGCGUGCGAGCGCCCCGCGCAACGGCGCGCACCCCGGCGCAGUGACGAUGGACACGCCGAUCGUGCCGAGCAUCUUCGGCGUGACGGCGCGCAACGAGUUCACGGAGCACGUGGGCAACUUCAUCAUGGCCAACUGCCGGGGGCGGCGGGACGUCGAGAUCGAGAUCAAGCUGGGCACGCUGCAUGCGGCGAACGGGCCGCAUCGCGUGCGCCUCCCCAGCCUCACGGAACUGAUCUUGCCUGCCGACUACCCGCGGGGCCAGUUCGCGUCGACGUUGACCAAGCACAACCACAAGUGGCUCAACGAGGUGCUCAACCAGCAAGUGCAGGCGAGCGUGGGCGGCGAGUAUCCGCUGCGAUAUAAGCGCGUGCGCCAGGUCGACGAGUUUCACCGCACGCGCGCGGGCAAGGUGCGCGUGUCGCGCGAGAUGGAGCCCGGAGGGAAGGCGGGCAAGGUUGUCGCGGUCGUGCGCAAGAACAGGUUAGGCGACCUCAAUGUGGUGUCGCCCAACCAGGCGUUUGACUGGCGCAUCUCGUGCAAUGUUGAAGAGCCCGUCGACAUUGAUGUCGACCAGCUCGGCGAGGCAGAGAGCUCGCGCCAGAAGGACAGGCUGUGCUACGAGCACCAGCUGUGUCAGGUGGAUCUCACGGCGGUGACUCCGCGGGACCGCGCGGCGCAACCUGGACCAAUGUCGUUCGAGCUCGAGGUUGAAGUGCGCGAUGCGCCCGCACUGAUCGCCGAGGGCGAGAAGGACGCGGCAGGGCAACCGAACCGCUUCGAGGAGAUGCUCCAGAGCAUCCUCGACACGGUGCGCAUUCUCGUGAAGAAUGCCGAUCCGCAGUAGUGGUGGGAGGACGAGGUCGACGACGGGCGAUAAGCUGGGGCAACGCGCCGUCAGCAGAUGGAGGCUGGCAAACAGUUCCUGAGCAUCAGAGACAGAGGGGAUGUCAAUGUUGUGGGAGCCGGCCGCGGCCACCUUCACCUUCUCCGCAAGCAUAAGAAUUAACAAAUGCCAUCUGCAUGCAUGCCGCGCACUACCUAAAACCACUUGGCCGAAAGCUGCUUGCGGCGCACAGCGGGCGCCGCGACAGCCACGCCCGCGCCGAGCGCGGCCAGCGUGAGGAGGAGGGAUGUCUUUGCGAACCCUGUGCCGAGGAUGUCAAAGUUGCCUGAGGGCUGGAGGGCGCGCGAGCCGAACAGGUCGAGGCCGUACGCGAGCACGAGCGUGGUGCUCUCGAGCAGGGCGGGGGAGGCGGCGAUAGCGCGCAGCCCCUUGGCGGGGUAGAUGUGUGAGAUGAUGU